AUGGUGUCGGUCUCUGAAGUGCAGUUGGCCUGGGAGGCCUGCGACAAAAUCGACACCGUCUUCAUCCUCGUUUGUACCGUUUUUUGCUGGACUAUUGUCCCUGCCGUAGGACUCGGCUACUCUGGAUAUUCGACGAGACGGAGCGGACUUGCGUCUGUUAUGCCUGCAGUCUAUGCAGUAGCCGUCUGUUCGAUCCAGUGGUUCAUCAUCGGAUAUACCCUUGCAUAUGGAGAUGGACCUGGCGGAGUGUUCGGAAAUCUUGCUCACGCGUUUCACCGAGACGUACUGUCAGAACCUGUUGGUACAAUUCCAGCAAUACUGUUCAGCGAGUUUCAGCUCGUAUUUUUGGCCACGGUCUGCGCCAUCAGUGUGGGAGGAAGCUGUGAACGUGGGAGGAUCUUGCCGUUAGUUCCUUUCAUCUUUCUCUGGGCGACUUUCAUCUAUUGCCCUCUGGCCCAUAUGGUAUGGGGUGGUGGUUUCCUUGCCGAAUUGGGAGUCCUUGACUUCGCUGGUGGCACACCUGUACACAUCUGCAGCGGCGCGACUGCUUCAGCGCUCAGCCUGUACUUGUCAUAUCCGAUCGCCAGGUCUAGGAAAUCGGAAGUCCGCACGCCAUCUCAUCUGAGACUGCAUCGACCGCACAAUUCCAUGUGUCAGUUACUGGCAAUGAUCAUCAUCUGGGGUUCAUGGCUGGCUUUCGAUGCUGGCACUACGCUGAGCUUGAACUUCCAGUCCGUUAUGGCGCUUUGUGUGACCAAUCUGUGCGCAUCAGCUGGUGCUUUGACUUGGGCCACUAUCACAUAUAUUGAGACUGGUAAAUGGUCGUUGGAUAGCACCUUCAUGGGAGCUAUUGCAGGACUUGUCAUGAUCACCCCAGCGGCGGGCUUUAUUGACCUUCCCACUGCGUUGUGCUUCGGCAUCCUUGGAGCGGUCGUCUGCCGCCAGGCUCUCCGGAUCAAGUUCACAGACUUUGCCAGAAGAUGGAGGUGGGUCGACAACGGGGAUACAUUUGCAACACACUGCGUCGGAGGGUUUCUCGGGACUAUCUGCACAGGUCUUUUCGCACAGAAAACGGUGGCGGCGUACGGUGGUGCAGAAGUUGAUGGUGGUGUCUUUUUCGAUGGCAAUGUCCGGCAAUUGGGGAUUCAGAUCGUUGAGGCAUUGAUUGGCUUCACAUGGUCAUUCUUCGGCUCGCUCGCGAUCAUCGUCCUGCUCGACUGCGUCCCAGGGCUCGAAUUUUUGGCAGAGGAUAAGGACGUCAACAUAGGUAUGGAUGCGUCACAAAUGGACGAAAGUUUGUAUGAAGCGCAAUGGUCCGGGGAAGAAGACUACAAGCCCCUCCCAAUCGGCAGCAUCGUCCUCGAUUGA